GCUCGCGUCCACAUCACAUCCCAUCACCCUCCUUUCGCCAUGUGCGGCAUCUUCUUCGCCCUCAGCCGUCAUGGCCACGUCGAGAUUGAUACAAACACGAAGCAGCUUCUACAGGAUAGAGGCCCCGACAGUACUGGACAGCUUCAAAUCACACUCGACACAAAGCGCGAUAACGAACAGGAUGAGAAGGCACUGCCCUCGCAGCUUCACAUGACCUUUGUGUCGACAGUACUUGCACUUAGAGGCGGUACAGUCGUUCGUCAGCCCCUUCAAGACAACGCGACAGGCUCCGUCUUCUGCUGGAACGGCGAGGCCUGGAGCGUUCAGGGCAGAUCCGUCACGGGCAAUGACUCUGAAAUCAUAUUCGACCUGCUUUUGAAAGCUUGCGCUGAGCCAGCAGAUCCAACCGCACUAACUACAGCUGUUAUGGAUGUCUUGUCCUCCAUAAAGGGCCCGUAUGCUUUCACCUUCUACGAUCCUGUCAACAAGCGCAUCUACUACGGCCGAGAUUGUCUGGGAAGACGCUCGCUGUUGAAACAAUCCACAACCCGCGACAUGAUCGUUUUUUCGAGUGUAUGCGACAGUGCAGCGAGCAACGCGUGGGAGGAAGUAGAGGCAGAUGGCAUCUACGUCUUUGAACUACAAAGCGAGUCCACUACCCGUACACCCCAUCGUGUGUCGCGCAAGGGAGAUGAUGGCAAGACUUCAUUUCAUCUGCCGUUUCCACCACUCAACACUACCGUCCCGAGUCAGCCUGCACGUCCAGAUGCUACGACGGUCCAGCGACUUGCAGAGUCGCUCCAAUGCUCCCUUGAACUGCGCAUCCAGCACGUCCGCGAAGCUGUCCAGUCCACGCCACGUGAAGAAGAGGCUAAAGUUGCCAUUCUCUUCUCAGGCGGUCUCGACUGCACCAUCCUGGCCAAAUUGUCUCAUCACCUGCUUCCAGCCAGGCAGAGCAUCGAUCUCUUGAACGUCGCUUUUGAGAACCCACGAGUACACAAGAACCUCGAUGCCAGCACCAGCCCUUACGAGCUUUGUCCCGAUCGCAUCACUGGCCGUUCGUCGUAUGCAGAGCUCCAAAAGACAUGUCCCGAUCGUCACUGGCGGUUCGUAGCAAUCAAUGUCCCAUACAUCGAAACAGUCGCACACCGUCACAACGUCAUGACACUCAUGUAUCCUCACAACACCGAGAUGGACUUGUCUAUAGCAAACGCGCUCUACUUUGCAUCGCGAGGAGCUGGCUUAUACGGUGCCACGUCGCACAGCAUGCCUGUUUCAUACACCACAUCAGCGCAUGUGCUUUUGUCUGGUCUUGGUGCUGAUGAGCUGUUUGGCGGGUACCAACGACAUGCUGUCGCCUUUGCCCGUCGCGGCUACGAGGGUCUCAUUGAAGAACUCGAGCUCGACUUUUCUCGGCUGGGGAAGAGGAACCUCGGGCGAGACGACCGUGUGAUCAGUAGUUCGGGCAAAGAAGUACGCUUUCCCUACCUGGAUGAGGACUUCAUCGCACUGGCACUCCAACUCCCCGUCACUGCCAAAUGCGACUUUGCCAAUCCCGAAGUAGAAGGAUCAGACGAUCCUGCGCUGUUACUUGAGCCAGGAAAGAGAGUACUCCGGAUGCUUGCAUGGGAGCUAGGCAUGAAGGGCGUUGCAGCCGAGAAGAAGCGUGCCAUCCAGUUUGGUGCACGGACCGCGAAGAUGGAGACGGGCAGGACGAAGGGAACGCAAGUGUUGUCUUGAUUAGGUACUGGUGUUGAACUUUGGCCUUCACUCUGGUCCAGAUAAACAGAUGCAUUCAGCGUAGAUACGAGAGGAAGUCUUACUCUCGUGGACAAAUCAAUCGUCAAUCUGCAGUGCC